AUGAUGGUGAAAAGGAAAAAAGUUGAGUUAAAAAGUGGUGACUUUGGAACUUUGGAAUGGAAUGGGGAUGUUAUAAAGAAUGAUGAAGAAUCCGACACCGAUGAAAAUGAAGAUAUAAAACUCAAUGAAUUGGUAUUCAAAGCGAAAAAAAAUUACAAAAAACUAGUGAAUGAUAAAAUGAAGUUUGGAAAGUUAAUUAAGUUUUCAACAACAAAAUUCACAAAAAGCGAUGAGUUGAAAGAUAUGAAGAAAGUCUUUGAACAAGAAUUCAUUUAUAAAACUCAAAAUGAAGAUGAUGCAAAAAGUGACAGGAAUAAAGAUGAAGAAAAAAGCAAUGAGAAUUUGAAUGAACAUGAAAUAAAGAAACAACCAAUCAUGGUAACACCAGGAAAUUUCUACAAUGAUCCAAUAGUGCAUGAGAUUGCUGAUUCUAUUCAAUGUCUAACACAAGAGUUUCGGGAAGGAGAUGAAAGCAGUGAAGAUGAACACAUGAAGAAAAAAAUAAAAGAUGAAAAGCUUGAUGAAGGAGAAAGUUAUGAUUCAGAAGAAACAGAAUGUAACAAUAAUAUCUUGGGAAUUGAAGAUGAUGAAGAGAAAAAAAAAGAGAAGUAG